AUGGAGAGUACAACUCCCACUGAUGAAUAUUACUAUCCUGGCACAGAUGGCCCUGAAGACAAUUGCUCAGCUAUGGAGCUGCCUUACAAGAACAUUUUUUUGCCUGUACUAUAUACCACUGUAUUCGUGAUGGGGAUUGCUGGCAAUGCCCUUUUGAUUGGAGCUCUAAUCUUCAAGCGGCGUGUUCAAAGGCUAAUUGAUAUCUUCAUCGUCAACUUGGCAGUUUCUGAUUUUAUUUUCCUUAUCACAUUGCCCUUUUGGGUGGAUAAGGAGAUAUACUCCGGGCUUUGGAGAUCUGGCUAUUUUCUCUGCAAGGGCAGUUCUUACAUCAUCUCAGUCAACAUGUACUGCAGUAUCUUCCUUCUUACUUGCAUGAGUAGUGAUCGGUACCUGGCCAUCAUGCACCCAUCAGUGGCCAGGAGGAUCAGAACAAAGCAAUACUCCAUCACGCUUUGCAUCUGCGUCUGGAUUCUAUCCUGCUUGCUAGGGUUACCCACCCUUCUGUCCAGAGAGCUGAGGAGAUACAAUGACAACACAUAUUGCACGGACAAGGAAACCACAACGACUCACCAGAUUGGGUCACUGCUGAUGCUCAUUUUAGCCUUCUUUGUUCCUCUCUUCAGUAUCUUAACAUUUUAUUGCUCAAUCACCAAGAAACUCUGUCUGCAUUAUCAGAAAUCUGGGAAACACGACAAAAAGCUGAGGAAAUCCAUCAAAAUCGUCUUCAUUGUAGUUAUUGCUUUUGUUUUCUCGUGGGCUCCUUUCAAUGUUUUUAAGUUUUUGUUUCUGAUGUCUGGCAUCCAGGAAUUGAAGCCACCUUUCUGUCUUCCCUUCAAAGUUGCCUAUCUAGGCAUGGAACUGGGUGGCCCAUUUGCAUUUGCCAACAGCUGCGCAAACCCUUUCAUCUAUUACUUCUUUGAUGACUACAUCCGUAGGGCUAUGGUGCAAUGUAUUCUUCCAUGCAUGAAGGCCAACAACCUUGGAACCAGUUCUGACACCUCGGACACUCGCCUUAGCUACUCCUUGACUGCAUUUGUCCAUGGAGAAGAUGCUUCCAGGAAGAGGAGGAGGUCAGUGUCAUUCUGAAAAGACUGGCAAUUCUGAAGAA